CUAAGGCAGCGGGUAGUAAAGUGGCUCCAGGCCUUGGCCUCUCCGCAGCGUGAAGAGCGAGCGGGCACCAUGGAAGGGAUCACGUUCUUCACUUUAGACAACGACACGGAGGAAGUGGGCUCUGGCGACUAUGACUCCACUAAGGAGCCCUGCUUCCGAGAAGGAAACGCUCAGUUCAAUCGAGUCUUCCUGCCCACCAUCUACACCAUCAUUUUCUUGACUGGUAUCGUGGGCAAUGGAUUAGUCAUCCUGGUCAUGGGUUACCAGAAGAAACUGCGAGGCAUGACGGACAAGUACAGGCUGCACCUGUCCGUGGCAGACCUCCUCUUUGUGCUCACGCUGCCCUUCUGGGCGGUAGAUGCGGUGGCGGGCUGGUACUUUGGGCAGUUCAUGUGCCAGGCGGUCCACGUGAUCUAUACCGUCAACCUCUACAGCAGUGUCCUCCUCCUGGCCUUCAUCAGCCUGGACCGCUACCUGGCCAUCGUCCAUGCCACCAACAGUCAUCGGCCAAGGAAGCUGUUGGCUGAGAAGGUGGUUUAUGGCGGCGUCUGGAUACCCGCCCUGCUGUUGACUAUUCCCGAUUUCAUCUUCGUCAGCGUCAGCGAAUCGGAGGGGAACUAUAUCUGCGACAGCUUCUAUCCCAAUGACUUGUGGGUGGCCGUCUUCCAGUUUCAGCAAAUCAUUGUUGGCCUCAUCCUGCCAGGGAUCAUCAUCCUAUCCUGCUAUUGCAUCAUCAUCUCCAAGCUGUCACACUCCAAGGGCCUCCAGAAGCGCAAGGCUCUCAAGACCACAGUCAUUCUCAUCUUGGCUUUCUUCGCCUGCUGGCUGCCCUACUACAUUGGGAUCAGCAUCGACUCCUUCAUCCUCCUGGGAAUCAUCAAGCAAGGCUGUGUGUUUGAGGACUUGGUGCACAAGUGGAUUUCCAUCACCGAGGCCCUUGCCUUUUUUCACUGUUGCCUGAACCCCAUCCUCUAUGCCUUCCUAGGGGCCAAAUUUAAGACCUCUGCCCAGCAUGCCCUGACCUCAGUGAGCAGAGGAUCCAGCCUCAAGAUCCUCUCUAAAGGAAAGCGAGGUGGACACUCUUCUGUUUCAACUGAGUCAGAAUCUUCAAGUUUUCACUCCAGCUAACAUCGAUUUUUAAAAGACCUUUAAAAAAUUACUUUUCAAAGGGACUUUUUUUUAAGUUACACAUGUUUUCAGCUAUAAAAGACUGACCAAUACUGUACAGUUUUUGACCGAUGGGUUUUUGUCUUGCGUCUUUUAGUUGUCAUGACGUUUAAUUGACUUAUUUAUAUGGAUUUUGUGAGUCUGGUGUGUGUGUUGUGUGUGUGUUUCAUAUUGAUGAGUAUCUAGGCAGGACCUGUGGCCAAGUUCUUAGUUGCUGUGUGUGUCUGGUGAUAGCACUGUAAAAAAGGGAACUGAACAUUCCAGAAUGUGUAGUGAAUCACGUUAAGCUAGAAAUGAUGCUCAGUCUGUUUGUGUAUAAGUAAUCCCUCGAUUCCAGGGGAACAUUGUUUUUUGUUUAUUUGUUUUUUAUUUCACUGUUCCGAAGCUGUUUGGCUAGUCUAUGCGAUUUUGCUGUAGAAGAUGGCACUUAUAACCAAAGCCUCUAAAAGGUGGUUCUUCCAUUUUCAGGAGUGGGUUGAAUUUUAGACUCUAUAUGUACAGUCUUUGUAUUAAAUUGUUAAUAAAAGCACAUGAUAAACUUA